AUGGUGGCAACCUGGAUCAAACGAGGCGGAGGAACGGCCGGCAUGCGAGGGGAUCCACGAUCCACGUGGCUCCCCUGCAAAAGUCCUGGAAAAUUUAUGUCCCUCCUAAAACCGAAUGGACUCACGUGCCUCGGAACGGACGACGGUUGCCUGCCCACCCCUGAACCCCUGUUCAGCCCCACCCCAGUUCCCACCCCACCUGUUCUGUUCCCACCUGCUGUUCCACUCCCACCACCCCCAGUUCCCAGCCCCACCCCACCAGCUCCUGUUCCCAGCCCACUCCCAGCCCUGUUCCUGUUCCACCCACCUGUUCCCCCACCUGUUCCCCACCACUGUUCCUGUUCCCUGUUCCUGUUCCACCCUGUUCCCAGCCACCUGUUCCCUCCCCUGUUCCCAGGCCUCACCCCACCUCAGGCCCCACCUGCCCCUGUUCCCAGCCCAGCCCUGUUCCCUGUUCCUCAGCCUCCUGUUCCCACCUCAGCUCCCAGCUCCUGUUCCCAGCCCAGCCUCCCACCCCUGUUCCCACUCCCACCUGUUCACUCCCACCUGUUCCCAGCCCUGCACCAGCUCCCACCUCCAGCCUCACCUGUUCAGCUCCCAGCCCAGUUCCAGCCCCUCAGCCUCUGUUCAGCCUGUUCCCACCCCACCCCAGCCCCUGUCUGCCCCAGUUCCUGUUCAAACCCAGCCCACCCUGUUCCACCAGCCCACCACCUGUUCACCUCUCUGUUCCCCACCACUCCUGUCUCAGCCCUGUUCCAGCCCUGUUCCACCUGUUCCACCCCCAGCCUGUUCCUGUUCCUGUUCCUGUUCCCACCUGUUCCACCCCCACCCCUGUUCCACCCCACCUGCCCUGUUCCCAGCUCCACCCACUCCCCACUCCACCCCCUGUUCUGUUCCUGUUCCCUGCACCCCUGUCUGCCCCAGUUCACCCCACCCACCCCAGUUCCAGCCCCAGCUCCCACCCUGUUCCAGCCCCACUGUUCCUGUUCCCAGCUCCCACCAGCUCCCAGCUCCACCUCAGCUCCAGCCUGCCCAGCCCUGUUCCUCAGCCUCACCUGUCUCAGCCUCACCAGUUCCCACCUCAGCCCAGCUCCUGCCCAGCUCCUGUCCCACUCACCUCAGCUCCCACCUCACCAGCCUCCCACUCCCAGCCCCACCUCAGCCCACUCCAGCCUCCAGCUCCCACCAGCCCACCAGCCUGGUUAG